GACGCUACGCCGGAAGUCCUCCCCCGCCCGCGCUCUCAUUUCCGCUUCCGGCGAGCAGCCUUUCCUUUCCGCCGCGGUGCGUGUGUGAGAUCUCAGCGCUCGGUGCCCGGCUCCACCCGCACGCGAUGCAGAACGACGCCGGCGAGUUCGUGGACCUCUACGUGCCUCGGAAGUGCUCUGCCAGCAAUCGAAUAAUUGGUGCCAAGGACCAUGCUUCCAUUCAGAUAAAUAUUUCUGAGGUCGACAAGGUAACAGGCAGAGUCAAUGGGCAGUUCAAAACAUAUGCCAUCUGUGGAGCAAUUCGUAGGAUGGGGGAAUCAGAUGACUCCAUUCUGCGUCUGGCGAAAAACGAUGGAAUUGUUUCCAAGAACUUCUAAUGACUGAAACUGGUGUGGAUACAUCGGAUGUCAAAUAAACAGUUCCAACCUA